GCUUUCCCCACCUCCCCAACAAAAAUCCUUAUCACCGACCUACCACUUUACCUUGCCCCCCACCCCCCUCAUCCCACCUUUAUCACCGCUCAUCUCAUAAUCAACGCCUCACAGUCGAGGCUCAAUCCUCCGUUUCGUACUCCGCGGCAUACCCGAACACUCCAGUCUCCACCCGAACCGAGGUUCUUGCGAUAGCGAUUUUUUAUCGGAAAUCAACGGUGCACGACAGCGUUAGUAGGCGAUUCUACGGUUAGGAUCAAAAGGCAUUCAUUCUGUUUUUCCCUUUAAAUUAAUCGGAAAAAGGUUCCGCAUUCGUUACCUUUGUGACGGGGGUUGCUUAGCCUGGUGGGUGUCGAAGGUCAAUAUGGGAACCGGUUUAAAAUGCAUUGUGCUAUCCUUGUUCCUAUCCACCCUGCUUUUCCCUCUUGUAUUUUCGGUGUCCAAUGAUGGCUUGGUAAGGAUUGGCCUGAAAAAGAUGAAAUUUGAUCAAAACAACCGGCUUGCUGCACGGCUCGAGUCCAAGGAAGGGGAGGCACUGAGAGCUUCAAUUAAGAAGUACAAAUUCCGUGGUAAUCUGCGAGAAGGCGAGGAUACUGAUAUUGUUGCACUGAAGAAUUAUAUGGAUGCUCAGUACUUUGGAGAGAUUGGUAUUGGUACUCCCCCUCAAAAAUUCACUGUAAUCUUCGACACUGGGAGCUCUAAUUUGUGGGUUCCAUCAUCUAAGUGCUAUUUCUCGGUUCCAUGCUUUUUCCAUGCAAAAUACAAGUCAAGCCAAUCAAGUACCUACAAGAAGAAUGGGAAACCUGCUGAAAUUCACUACGGCACUGGGGCCAUAUCUGGAUAUUUCAGUACAGACCAUGUAAAAGUUGGUGACCUGGUUGUGAAGGAUCAGGAAUUUAUCGAAGCAACCAGAGAGCCCAGCAUCACAUUUUUGGUUGCCAAGUUUGAUGGUAUACUUGGGCUUGGAUUCCGUGAGAUCUCGGUUGGAGGUGCUGUUCCAUUGUGGGAUAACAUGGUCAAACAAGGGCUUAUUAAGGAGCCAGUUUUUUCAUUUUGGCUGAACCGAAAUGCGGAUGAAGGAGAAGGGGGUGAGCUUGUGUUUGGUGGGGUUGAUCCAAAUCACUUCAAGGGCAAGCACACAUAUGUCCCAGUGACGCAAAAAGGGUAUUGGCAGUUCGAUAUGGGGGACGUUCUCAUUGGUGGUAAAGAAACUGGUUACUGUGGUGCUGGUUGUUCUGCAAUUGCAGAUUCUGGAACUUCUUUGUUAGCCGGUCCAACGCCUGUGAUCACCAUGAUAAAUCAUGCUAUUGGAGCUGCUGGAGUUGUUAGCCAGCAAUGCAAGACUGUAGUUGAACAGUAUGGUCAAACCAUCAUGGACUUGCUUUUAGCAGAGGCUCAACCAAAGAAGAUAUGCUCUCAAAUUGGAUUGUGCUCCUUUGAUGGAACUCGCGGUGUCAGUAUGGGCAUUGAGAGCGUAGUUGAUGACAAGAACAGUGGCAGAAUGGGGGGUUUACGUGAUGGUGGGUGCUCUGCUUGUGAAAUGGCAGUUGUGUGGAUGCAAAACCAGCUUAGACAGAACCAAACACAAGAUCGUAUAUUGGACUAUGUCAAUGAGCUUUGUGAGCGACUUCCUAGCCCAAUGGGAGAAUCAGCUGUUGACUGUGGAAGACUUUCUUCCAUGCCUAAAGUUUCCUUCACUAUUGGCAGUAAAGUUUUUGACCUUUCGCCGGAUGAGUAUGUACUCAAGGUGGGCGAGGGUGCCGCGGCACAGUGCAUUAGUGGUUUUACUGCUUUGGACAUCCCCCCUCCAAAAGGACCUCUCUGGAUUUUGGGUGACGUCUUCAUGGGUUGCUACCACACGGUCUUUGAUUCUGGUAAUUUGAGGGUUGGAUUUGCGGAAGCAGCAUAAGUGGACCCUCCCAUGCGGCACGGUUUUCUUUUUCGCACCGGCUGGCUCUGAAAAAUACACUUGCAAGUUGAAUAAUAUUUAGGUUGUGAAAAUGUGAAGGUGCUUGAGUACGACUUACAGAAUUUGCUUGUGUGUGUAAAUACUGAGUGCUUCCCCCCGUCCUAUCAAUAUGAGAAUUAUAGCGAAGUUGAUGUUCGCUCUAUACUAUACGAAUUUGCUUGUGUGUGUAAAUACUGAGUGCUUCCCCCGUCUAUCGAUAUGAGAGUUAUAGCAAAGUUCAUGUUAGCUCUA